AAAAUAUUUUUCAUGCAUUUGCACUGACCAUACAUAGAUGAGUCACUUGGUUUUAUGAGACUUUGAGAUUAAAUGAGAGGUUUGGUAGGGGAAUCAUUUAGCCUGGAAACAGGUGCAUUUAUAUUCUUUUGAUGCACUGGCCGGUUUAAAAAGCAAAAUAGGAGAGGCUCUCUGCCUAGGUUCCUUGCCAGACUAUGGCAGUGCGGUCCCAAAUGGCGCGCUCGGGAGAGGAGGGGUCGCUAGCCUGGGAGACUUUGUCGCGCGGCUGUCCUCAAACAUUUCCCGGAUCCCGAAGCCCUUUGUCACUUUGCCAUCCCACUUUUGCCCCGGCCGCCUAAUGGGGCAGGAGUCCCAAAAACUGUGAACAGAGAGUGAGAGCGCCUUGGGUCAGACGACGUGACCGACUGUGGGGAAAACGGGACCGGGGGAGUGUCCCGGGGACCUCGGGCUCGCCCAGUGCGCGGCCGCCCCUCGGCUCCGGCGCCGAGCCCCCGGAACCAAAGGCGACGCGGCUGGUUGCCGGGGGAGCCGGGUCCGCGCGUCCGUGCGCGUCGCCUUCCCCUCCCGGCGGGCCGCGUCGGGGUGCCGCUCUGCUUGGCCUUCAGAGCCCGAGCUCAAAAUAAGUCGUCCCGUCCUGCCCAGAUCACAUGAACUUUCAGUAUGCUUCGAUAUCAGUAUUUUUGCAGAAUCUACAGAGGAUUCUUCCCAUACAAUUUUGGAACGGGCAUACUUAAUAUCGGCAGAUGCCCCAAAGAAAUGCAUUCUUCAGUCAGCAGGUACAAUGAACUUAAAGAUGAAGAGCAUGCAAGUGUUUCCAAAGAUCAGGAAAUGCAUCAUUCUCAAAGUGGAAAUCUUGAAACUAUGAAACAAUUACACAUACCAGUGAUGGUCAACGAAGUUAUUGAUUGCUUAGCACCACAACCAGGGCAGAACAUUCUUGAUAUGACAUUUGGUUCAGGAGGCCACUCAAGAGCCAUUCUGCAGAAAGAAGUGGAUGUUACAUUAUAUGUUCUAGAUAGAGAUCCAACAGCUUAUGCCAUAGCUCAACAGCUUUCAGAGUUAUAUCCAAAACAGAUUCGAGCUUUGCUAGGCCAGUUUAGCCAAGCUGAGGCCAUGUUAAUUAAAGCUGGAGUACAGCCCGGGACUGUUGAUGGAGUUCUUCUGGAUCUUGGGUGUUCCUCUAUGCAACUUGAUACUCCUGAAAGAGGUUUUUCCUUUCGAAAAGACGGCCCCUUGGACAUGAGGAUGGAUGGUGGCAGGUACCCUGACAUGCCCACUGCCGCUGAUGUUGUGAACGCCUUAGAUCAACAGGCACUUGCAUUGAUCCUGAGAACAUACGGGGAAGAGAAGAGUGCCAAGAAAAUCGCCUCAGCAAUCGUUCAGGCACGCAGGAUCUACCCUAUCACCAGAACCCAGCAGCUUGCCAGCAUUGUUGCAGGUGCCUUUCCUUCUGGCGCUUUAUAUGGAAGGAAAGACUUGCUCCAGAGGCCCACCCACAUCGCCACCAAGACUUUCCAGGCCCUCCGGAUAUUUGUGAACAACGAGCUCAACGAGCUCUAUGCGGGGCUGCAGACGGCCCAGAAGUUCCUGAGGCCCGGGGGCCGCCUCGUCACCCUUUCCUUCCACUCCCUGGAAGACCGCCUGGUCAAACGGUUCUUGCUCGGCGCGGACGUGGCAGCGAAGCCGGGCCCGAGGCGGAGGCAGAGAGAGCGCUCGGCCUCCGCGCUCUGGCCCAGUCCUGACCGCGAGCAAGAGCCCGGCGGGAGCUCGGCCCCCAAGGACUGGGAAAUGGUCCGCAAGAAGGUGGUGACGCCCGAGGACUCGGAGCUGCUGAGCAACCCCCGGGGGCGCUCGGCCAAGCUAAGGGCCGCCGUCCGGCUGCAGGGCCCCUAAAGCGCCGGCCGGGGGCCAGAACCCCGGGGUUGCGGGCAUUUAGUGGCGCGCUGUGCGGGAAGGGAGACUCAAGGAACAGGAGCGUGGCCAGGAAAAUUCAUCAAGGCUGGGAAACGAUUAUGUUUUAGUGGGAAAAAAUCAUGUGAGGCUUGUUUUUAUAAGUUGAUCCCCUAAUAAAGAGAAUGUUAAUAAA